AAAACCAUCUUCAGUUCAAAUCAUCUUUACCCUAAGAAUGUCUUACAAAGCCAACCUGAUCCGGGCAACCAAUGCACCUGGUCCAUCCAAUUACAACAGAAGAAACAGGCGGCGUCGGAGACAGCCAAUCAGAGAGCAAUCCCUGCCAACUUUGCCACAGGGUCAUGCUUACUAUGCCAUUGCAGAAGAUGUUCAAGUUCAAAUAUCAGUACGUGAUGGUGCAAUUAUUGGACAUGAGCAAAGACUCUCGCCUGAAACCAUUUCAACAUUGAAUGAAAUAAAACGUAGGGCAAAGAGGGGGAAACAUUUUGGUAGAAUGACCUCUAUUUUCUGUGACAAAUGCUCUCCUGGCUUUGAGUGGCUUCUUGAUGGCUGGAUUGCUGAGAAAAGGAUUCUUCCUGACGUUAAUACUCACUAUUGGGUUUAUUAUGAUCCUUUGGGAAGGCAAUACAGGUCUAAGCAACAAGUUUCAAGAUUCUGUACUGAACAAGACUUUUUAUACUCUUCAGCAAGUCAAAAGGCAACCAAAGCAAGGUGAAAAGCUCUUGUCUUGUUGGAAAACAAGAAAAUGUUGGGUUUCAGAAAUUUUCUGGUAUCAGACUGAUGGUUUAAUUUCAUAGAAUAAUUAUGGACAUGAUGAUGUUGUUUUGCUUAUCUGAAAUGAAUUGAGACUAUAAAUAUUUCAUAUAUUUAUAAAAUAAAUGGAUGGUUUAAUCUUUGGGUU